AUGGCCGCGGCAACGGGUAUGGUCAUGAUCCUGGCAGCGGCGCUGGCGAUCCUCGCGCCGCCCGCGCGAGCGCUCGACCGCAGCGAGUUCCCGCCAGGGUUCCUCUUCGGCGCCGCCACGUCUGCUUACCAGGUUGAGGGCGCGUAUCUGGAGGACGGCAAGGGCCUCAGCAACUGGGAUGUCUUCACCCACACGCACUCUGAGGGCAUCGCGGAUGGGAGGAACGGGGACGUAGCGGACGAUCACUACCACCGGUACAUGGAAGAUGUGGACCUCAUGCAUAAUCUGGGCGUCAACUCGUACAGAUUCUCGAUUUCAUGGGCGAGAAUCUUGCCAAGAGGCCAGCUUGGAGGCGUUAAUUCAGCUGGAAUAGCGUUUUACGACCGCCUCAUUGAUGCACUCCUGCAGAAAGGGAUAGAGCCAUUCGUGACGUUGCAUCACUUCGAUCUGCCCUACGAACUGGAGUCCCGCUAUGGCAGCUGGCUCGGUGCUGGGAUCCGGGAGGAGUUCGACUACUACGCAGACGUGUGCUUCCAGGCGUUCGGUGACCGGGUCAAGUUUUGGACGACGUUCAACGAGCCCAACCUGUUCACCAAGUUUGCCUAUAUGCUGGGGCUGUACCCUCCGAAGCACUGCUCCCCGCCGUUCGGGAACUGCAACAACGGGAACUCCCAACGGGAACCGUAUGUCGCGGCUCACAACUUUCUCAUGUCUCACGCUGCAGCUGUCGACAACUACAAGAAGAACUAUCAGGCAAAACAAGGCGGCUCGAUCGGAAUUGUGAUUUCAAUGAAAUUUUAUGAGCCGCUGACGAAUGCCACGGAGGAUAUUCUGGCGGCACAACGUGCAUUGGCUUUUGAGAUACAUUGGUUUUUGGAUCCAAUAUUCUUUGGCGAAUAUCCCAAAGAAAUGCGUGAGAUGUUAUCAUCAGACUUACCAGAGUUCACCCCAGCAGAGAAGAGGUUAUUGCAAAACAAAGUGGAUUUCAUCGGGGUAAACCAUUACACCGCGAUUUACGCCAAGGAUUGCAUCUCUUCCCCAUGCGACCUUAAUACUUACGAGGGAAAUGCCCUGGUCUUUGCUACAGGUGAAAGAGACGGUGUACAAAUUGGAGAACCUACUGCACUCCAUGGUUUCUAUGUUGUUCCAGAAGGGAUGGAGGAGAUCCUCAGAUAUGUCAAUCAGAGAUACGAGAACCCACCUAUCUAUGUUACCGAGAAUGGCUACUCUCAAUAUAGCACUAACAAUAUGGAAGACAUGAUCAAUGACGUUGGUAGAGUGAACUACCUGCAGGGUUAUCUCUCAUUUAUCUCUUCAGCUAUCAGGGGAGGAGCGAAGGUGCGUGGUUACUUCAUAUGGAGUCUCAUGGACAACUUCGAGUGGCGCUACGGUUUCACCCUAAGGUUCGGGCUAUACCAUGUGGAUUUCACAACGCAGCAGAGGACUGCAAAGAUGUCAGCGAAGUGGUACCGGGACCUCCUCAUGGGUAAUGGUCCGAUGGACGAAGUGCAUACUCUCAGAUCAAAUUCCUGA